AUGGGAAGAUAUCAUUACCUUUUAGGGCUACUGCUCCUAUUCGUGUCUUCAUUCCUCUGGUUCACCUCAACUCUUGGCGGAGAGCCAGAGCCAUCGACCAUUGCCCUCACCUAUGGCUCUUGCGAUUGCCCAGGCGAUGGUGCAAACGGCACCGCUUCAAAAACCGACGUCAAUCCUUCUCAAUCCUCAGACAUCGCAACUGAAACCGAGACCUCGCCACCGCCUCGGCCAUCGAGUUACCUCCCAAUCACCAAUACUUAUGACAAUGCGCAAGCUACAUUCCCGUUGAAGCUGUGGCAAAAGUCCGGUUCAAGAGGCAUUGACCCAGACCGCUGGGGCAACGUGCAAAGCUGGCUCAUACAAAACCCUACACUUCGACAUGAAAUUCUCAGCGACGGAAGCGCCGAUGAGUACGUCCGCGACAACUUCGCCGAUUUCCCCGAAAUCCGAGACCUCUAUCUUUCAUUACCGGUGCCGAUUCUGAAAGCCGACCUGCUACGGCAACUCAUUCUCUACAACGAUGGCGGUAUCUGGAGCGAUCUAGACGUGACGUGCCACAAGCCAAUCGACACAUGGAUUCCGGAGGAAUACCGGGGCCGAACAAACGUGGUGGUGGGCUUGGAAUUCGACGGAUCACAAUUCGCCAGCUGGACAGUGAUGAGCAAGCCCAAAACAAGCCACGGAGUUGCCGUGGUCAAAUACGUUGUGGAGAAACUGCAAGCCUCUGCCGCAGAGCACGGACACACCACUGCCGAACUCAACAUGACCAUGAUUUCAGAUGUCGUGGAUGUGACGGGCCCCCAAGCAAUGACUGUGGCCCUGCUGCGCAACUUGGAGCAGGAAAUGGGUGUGCCGGUAGGACGUGCGAAUAUCACCAAUAUAAUGAAGCCGACACUGCUACAUGAUGUGCUCGUGCUGCCCAAUGCGGCGUUUGCUUCUUUGCAGGCCGGACAUCCUGAAGAUCGAGGCCCAUAUCUCGUUGAGCAUCAUUACGCCGGUUCUUGGAAGAAUGCCCACGGGGGUGAGAGGCAAUGA